AUGGGCUUAAACUUUAGCAUGAUAAAGAUGAUAGAGAUCUCUUCUUGCUCCAUCUGCAGAACUCACCCAGUGAGUAUCAACUGUGGACAUAGUUACUGGAAAUCCUGCAUCCAGAGCUACUAUAACAAAGUCAGCCCAAAGACAGAAUUGAAGAUAAUGCUGGGCUGUCCUUUGUGUAGGAGUCCAUUUAGUUUAGAGAACCUCCGGCCCCACAAGGAGCUGGAAAACAUAAUUGAUGUCAUCAAGGAGAUGGAAGGGAAGGAUGAUGAGAUGCUGUGUGAAGACCACGAUGAGAAGCUUGAUCUCCUUUGUGAAGAUGAGGGUCAGCUCCUCUGCUGGAGCUGUAAUUGGGAGGCUUGGCACAAAGGUCACUCUGUGGCUCUUGUGGAAGAUAUGUACCAGGGCUAUAAGGAAAAGCAUGAGAAUACUGUGACAAAACUGAGUGAACUCCGAAAAGAUGACAAAUUUCAGAUACAUCUCAUGACAACUGAAAUAAAUACCUGGAAGCUAAGUUCACUGGUAUCAAGUGCCUUUUUGUUGCUGCCAUAUAGGAUCCAGUCUAGCUUCAAGAAUAUCCAGAAUUUUCUACAUGAAGAAGAGAAGUCUUACCUUUGGAGGUUGGAGAAUGAAGAAGAACAGGUGCUGAGGAGACUGAAGGGCUAUGAGGCCAAUCUACAGCAGCAGUAUGAGAAAAGACAGGAACUGGAGGCAAAAUGUCAGGGCUCACCCAGAAAAAUACUACAGGGUGUGAAAAAUACUUUGAGCAGGUGUGAGGCUAUGAACCUAGAAACACUGAAAGUUGAUUUCCUGAAGGUUAAUAUGACAUGUAAUGUUUCUGAGCUUUACUUUGAUGUGGAGACACUGGUAAGACACCACCACGUCAGUGUGACUCUGGACCCCAGUAGAGCCCAUCGUGACCUAACUCUGUCUAAAGACCAAAGACAAGUGACUUAUAGACACUACCACAAGAAGCUUGAGGCUUCUGCCAAGAGAUUUUAUGUUUUGCCCUGUGUCCUGGGCAGUAAGGAAUUUCCUUCAGGAAGAUAUUACUUCGAAGUGUCUAUUGAGAAUGCAAGCACUUGGGAUAUGGGAGCCUGUACAGAGGAUGUGCCGAGGGGCUUUCACAUGAAGGAGCCUGAGCUGGGAUACUGGACCAUCAAGAUGUGUGAAGAGGAUGGCCUUGUAGCUCUCACUUCCACUCCUACUCCCCUUUGCCUGAGUGAGAAGCCCCAGCGUGGAGUUUUCCUAGACUACGAGGCUGGAGUUGUCUCCUUUUACAACAUAACCACUGGCUCGCACAUCUUCGCCUUCCCCAAGGCUUCCUUCUGGGAUACUCUAAGGCUCUUUUUCCAGGUUUAUGAAAAUUCUCCUUUGUUCCUGCCUGCCAGAAAUGAUCAAGGGAAGAGGUAA